CAAGCCUCGCCGCCGCGAAUCGAGGCAAGGCGCUGUUCGAUAAGCCGGGCGUGAACGUAGGAGACGUUCGAGCGCACAACCGAGAUGUCGAGGAACGAUGGCAGGAAGGAUACUUCGGCGUCCGCGUUCCGCAAGAUCGACGUGGACCAGUAUAGCGACAACAAUUUCAAAGAGGAGGACGCCGAUGGUGGCGUAGGCGCGCCCACCGGUCCCGACGAGAACGAGAUUUUGACACUUCUUAGCCAGGGUAAGAAUGCGGAGGCGCUAAUAUCGGUAUUAAAGUCCGCACCACUGGAAUGUAAAAACCAACAAAUCAAGGACAGUGCACGGAACCUGACACUAAAGGUGCUUCUAAGUAUAAAGUCGAAUCAAAUGGACGAUUGCUUAGCACAAUUAGAUCGUGAUUUAGUGGAUGUUCUAAUGAAGUACAUUUAUCGAGGUUUUGAAAUUCCAACGGAAGGUAGCAGUAGUCACUUGUUAAUUUGGCAUGAAAAAGUAUUUAAUAUAAGCGGCGUUGGUUGCAUCGUUCGUGUAUUCUCCGACAGCAAACGGGCUUGAAGUUUUGUACAUUUCGCAGUAACGCUCAUUACGGAAGAACCAGUGAUGUAACUGGGAUCUCAUCGCCCAUUGUCAUCCUUCACAGUGUGUGUUGUCGUUUGAGACGUCAAAAAUACAAAGAGUCGAGACGCGAGAGGCAAAGUCGACGCUGCUUCGGGACGAACGACUGACAAGAGGAUUGUUUACACACCACUGACUCACACCAGCAUAACUCUUUCUAUGACAGCUGUCACAAUAAGAGCUAGAUACGCGGAAA